AUGUCUCAACCCCGCGAGCAAUUAGCGAAAGUCGAAAGCAACCUUUCAGCUAGAGUUUCAAGUCCGAAAUUGGUAUUAGACCCACCACCAGACGGUGGUUUUCACGCCUGGGCGCAAGUGGUCUCAGGACAUCUGGUCGUAGCUUUGACUUGGGGAUACUCAGCGAGCUUCGGGGUUUUCCAGAACUAUUAUGAAAACACUCUUCCACAAUCUCCUUCAGAAAUCUCUUGGAUAGGUGGUGUGCAAGUUUUCUGCAUACUCUUCAUCUCUGCCUUUUCUGGACGUGCAACUGAUGCAGGACUCGCAUGGGAAGUAGUAGCAAUAGGAUCGGCGCUUUUACUUCUUGGAAUCUUUAUGACAAGUAUAGCGACAACAUACUGGCAUGUCUUCCUUGCUCAAGGUGUGUGCGUUGGUAUUGGGCAGGGCCUCAUGUGGCUUCCCAGCGUGACUUUGAUAUCGACUUAUUUUUUGCGUCGAAGGGUUCUUGCUGUGACUGCAGCUGCCACCGGAACAAGUACAGGUGGCAUUAUCUUCCCAGCUAUGAUCCAAAAUUUGAUUCCAGUAAUAGGCAAGUCGCUAUUUCCACUUUCCUUUCGAAAUAUGCUGACUUUGAGAUGGAAGUACAGGUUUCCCCUGGGCUGUCCGAUGUAUGGGAUUUGUCUCACUGACAAUGGUCAUUGUCAUUCUUGCAUUGCUUCGAACUCGCUUACCACCUCGAAGAUCCGGGCCCUUGAUUGAAUGGCGGGCGUUUAAAGAGCCGGCAUAUAUGCUUUUCACGCUCGGGAUCUUCAUUCUUUAUUGGACUCUGUAUUUUGCAUUUUUCUACGCAAGUCACCCUUUCAAAUAUCCCAUGAAUCGUUCCUCAUCCCUGCGACAAAAGAAUCUUCUGAACGAAUUUCCAUAUUGACAAGCGAGUCCAAUAUAGAUUCAACCCUACGCUACCGAAAAACUAAAUCUCAACCAAUCAGCGAGUGUGAGUCUAAUUAUCGUCAUCAACGCGAGUGGUAUCCCCAUACGAGCACCUUGCGGUUACCUUGCUGAUCGUUAUAUCGGACCGCUCAACCUUCUAAUUCCAUGGGUACUUCUCUGUGGUAUCCUAAUGUUCUGCUGGGCAUUGGUGAGCACUGUUGCCGGCUUGUACAUCUUUGCAGUCUUCUAUGGACUAGCUGUCGGGGCAGCCAUGGGACUCUUUGCUGGUACCAUCCCAUCUUUGACGAAAGACCUUGACAAAAUAGGCACUCGGGUGGGGAUGGUUUUGACGUUGAUCAGUUUUGGACCGUUGACUGGACCGUCUGUUGCUGGGGCGUUGAUUGCUCGCAGUGGACGGGGUUAUGUCAGUGCGCAGAUGUGGGCUGGUGGGUGCUUGAUGGGUGCGGUGAUGGCUCUCCUUGCGGCAAGGCUUAUUAUAACUGGAUUUCAUGUCAAGGUCAAGGUGUAA